AUGGAACACAAGCUUGAUAUAAAGCAGGGUUGGAGACUAACUAAACACAAUAAGAUGGAACACAAGCUUGAUAUAAAGCAGGGUUGGAGACUAACUAAACACAAUAAGAUGGAACACAAGCUUGAUAUAAAGCAAGGUUGGAGACUAACCAAACACAAUAAGAUGGAACACAAGCUUGAUAUAAAGCAGGGUUGGAGACUAACCAAACACAAUAAGAUGGAACACAAGCUUGAUAUAAAGCAGGGUUGGAGACUAACUAAACACAAUAAGAUGGAACACAAGCUUGAUAUAAAGCAGGGUAUGAGACUAACUAAACACAUUAAGAUGAAACACAAGCUUAAUAUAAAGCUGUGUGAGAAUUAA